CCACCACUGUGAGGUUUGAUUCAGCAUCUGCUGGCAGCUCCUCCUCUACUCCAUCACAUGUAACGACAAUGCUGCACGGACUCUCAGUCAAUACGUUGUAAUAUUUAUUUUCAGGUAGCAUUUCAGUUUAAAAUUUUCUGUGCAGUGUGUCUGAAAAGGAGAGUAUUUUUGAAGAAAUAUGGAAAAAGAAAGAAAAUCAUCUAAACAAUACGGUUCUUUGGAAAAUACCCAAGUGGACGCAGCGACGGAGAAACCAGCUGAAGAUGUCAUUUCGAUGGCCGACUCCUCAAUUACAAUCGAGGACAUUGAAGGAGAGCUGUUCAAAAUUGAGCGGAUACGAGACAUCCUGGUGCGGAGAGAAUCAGAGCUGAGAUACAUGAUGGAUGACAUUCAGCUCUGCAAAGAAAUCACAAGGCUGAAGAAAGAGCUGCAGAAACUUGUCUCAAUUCCAGACAAAGACAAGUCCAAGGAGGACAGGGAGAGGGAAGAGGAGGUGCUGCAGCAGAUCAACAAGCUGGUGGAGACUAGAGACUUCCUCGUUGAUGAUGUGGAGUUUGAGAGGCUGAGGGAAAGAGAGGAAGACAGAGAAAUGGCAGCCUUCUUACAGUCCAGAUUUCCAAAGACCUCGGCUACAAAAGGUGCUUUGCAAGAUCAAAAAGCAGCGUCCAAAUCACAGCAGAUGUCAACACCCUUUUUCACUAAAACUGGACUUACACUACUGAAAGACUGCUGCGGCUUCACCUGCUCCAUCAUGUAAAACACCAUCCAGAGGAAAACAGGAUUCUACCUGAAAAUGUGUGCUUGUGUGUGUGUGUGUGUGUGUGUGUGUGUGUGUGUGUGUGUGUGUGUGUGUGUGUGUGUGUGUGUGUGUGUGUGUGUGUGUGUGCGUGCAUAUGGAUGGUUAUGUGCACGUCCCCAGUGCUUUCUUGAGUAUAUUGUAUGUCUCCCUUAUUAGGAAAGAUGAUCUGCAUUCAUCUUCAUAUAUGCUCCUACCCAUCAUGUAAAGGAUGUGUAUUGCUAUACUUUAUGUGAUUUGCUACUGUGAAAUACAGUGUUUGUAUGUCUUGCAGUGGGGAAACUAACUGGCUUAUAGAUAUAGUAAUGGUUCCUGUCCUAUUAAGGUAAUUACAUAUUUUAACGGCUGCUCUGACAGUGCAAUUAUCCAUUUGUGGUGUAUUAGACACAGUGUAGACGUCCCUCACGGAACAAACUACACUUGCUAAUCUUCCUUUGCCAAUUUAUAAUAAUAUAAACCAGAAAAAAGCAACAAAUCAUCACAUUUGGAGAAUGAUUGGAUAAUUUUGCUUGAUAAAAGACUGUAAAUGACUAAUCCAUCAUCAAAAUAGUUGUUUAAUUCUCUCCUGAAUGAUUUAAUCACUAAUCAUUUCAACACAACACAUCAUUUCACUAUUUACAUGAAGGAUAUCUAGAAUUAUCAUCAGUCUUGAGAUGUGGUCCGGUUAAGAGAAGCCUUAAAAUGUAGAAGAGAUGCAGUAUAUUAAGGACACGAUAUGAUAAUUUUAUGAAUAAAGUAAAAAUGCAGAAAACCUUGUUGCUUUCUGCUGGUCAUCAAAAUCAUGCAGAAAGCUUUCCUACUGCAAAUAUUGUACAUGUGAUUGAAAUGAUUUGCCAGCUGCUGCUCAGUUACUCUUCAGUCCACAACUUAAACCAAAGUCUUUGUCUGAGCUGCAUGUAAUUAGUCAUUAAGUAUUCUGCCUUACAGUGUGUGUUUUGUACAAAGCAUUUUCACACAUAUGUUAAAAAAUCAUCAUGUGUAUGAUGUAUCAUUUUGUGUGACCGAUUAUGGAAAUGAUCAUCUUUGCAAUGCUGUGGUAAUAAAGACUUUCUCAGUGCUGCAUUUUUGUCUUUAACUAACAGGCACACACAGUACAUUGUAGUAGCUUGCAGUGCAAUUAGUUUUGCAAUAAAUCUCUCUCACACACACACAACUCAGAGACAUCUGAGUGUUAUGAAUAAAAUCAUUUUUGUGCAACGUGAAUGAUUAUAAUUCUCACAUUUCCCAGCUGCUGUUUUUCCUCUGCUCUCUGUAGAUAUCCUCCAGGUGUACACACUGUGUUUAUUGGAAUAUUAGAAUAUUUUACAAGUGUAGUAAUUAAUUUCAAGUUCAUGUUCAUGUUCAAAGAGGUUAUUCUGCCCACGUAUAUUUCACUGACCUUCUCAGUUGCAGUGUGAAUUUGGCAACAGAUGACGUUCAUGCAGCUAUACUGUGGUAGAGAUGCUCUUCCUUCAAAUUAGGGAUGUUUGUGCAGCUUUUCCUCCAGCUGAUCCUCAGAAUUUGUCUCCAGGGAGCUUUGUUCCAAGGCUUUCAGGUAC